GGCCAUACUGUAGUAACAUGACGCGCCGUGCAUUGCACCUAACAACUGUGCAGUCAGAUUGUCGACUGUCUGCGCAGCGGAUAGACGCGUUUUUUCUCCAAGGUUGUGCUUUUGGUUACUUACGGUAAGGUGGACCCGCAGUGUCCACUAAAGGAUCAGGUGAUCCACUAACUACGAAGCGAAGGCUGACUGGGGAAAAUGCAAAAUGACAUAUAGCAAAUGUCGGAGCAUAAUUCAUUCACAUUUUCGGCUCAUAUUCGGACUUAAAUCGCACCGCUGGAGCUCCAAUGUGACGAUGGCUCGUUAGGGCUGGUGGCGCAACUGCGAUUUUUUUGAUAUUUUAAUUUAUGAAAAAUCACAUUCACAGACAAAUAUUGGUUUCAACAUGGGGCUGUGCUACAGUUUGCGUCCCCGGCUCUUCGGGGACCUGAGCGGGUCUAUCUCCAACGCUACCUCGGACUCGGACCAGCCUCCGGACGCCGCCGUGCCGACCCGCGCCGGGGGAGCUCGCCAAGAGGACACCGGGGGAUGCGGGGAGACUUCGUCGCUACGCGGCGGUGGUGGCGGCGGCGGCGGCCCGGUGCGCCCCGGGGACCCUGCCAGGCUCCCGACCGGGGAGCACCGCCGUGGAGACACCGGUACCGACGGUGUGCUCAUACAAAACGGAGGUGGUGGUGGUGGUGGAGGAGGAGGAGGCGGCGGUGGCGGUGGAGGAGGCAGCGGUAAGGGGACAGGGAAGGACCGCGGCCGACGCAUACAGCUGCUUCAAAAGACUAGCACCCAAAAGCAGAAAAACUGGGACAAAUUGCUGGUGGAGGAGAAGGAGGCCGAGAAGGAGGCGAAGAAAGUCAGUAAGAAUAUUGACAGGGCGCUGAAGGAGCUCAAACGGGAGUAUAAACAGACGCAUCGGCUGCUGCUGCUCGGUGCGGGAGAGUCCGGAAAAAGCACCAUUGUGAAGCAGAUGAGGAUCCUACACGUCAACGGCUUCAACGCUGAAGAAAAGAAACAGAAAAUACAAGAUAUUCGGAAAAACGUGAAGGAUGCCAUAGUGACUAUAGUGUCUGCGAUGAGCACUUUAAUACCCCCUGUCCCGCUAGCCAACCCAGAGGACCAAUUCAGAAUCGAAUACAUCAAAAGCAUAGCACCUCUUUCUGACUUUGACUAUUCACAGGAGUUCUUUGACCAUGCAAAGAAGCUGUGGGAUGAUGAAGGAGUGAAGGCAUGCUUCGAGAGGUCCAAUGAGUACCAGCUCAUCGACUGCGCACAAUAUUUCCUGGACAGAAUUGACUCUGUAAGACAGAGCGACUACACACCAACGGACCAGGACCUGUUACGCUGCCGAGUGUUAACUUCAGGGAUUUUCGAGACGAGGUUCCAAGUAGACAAAGUGAACUUUCACAUGUUUGAUGUUGGGGGCCAGAGAGAUGAAAGGAGAAAAUGGAUCCAGUGCUUUAACGACGUCACUGCUAUCAUCUUCGUGGUGGCCAGCAGCAGCUACAACAUGGUAAUAAGGGAAGACAAUAACACCAACAGGCUACGGGAAGCCCUGGACCUCUUCCGCAGUAUUUGGAACAACAGAUGGUUACGCACUAUAUCGGUCAUAUUAUUCCUGAACAAGCAGGACAUGCUGGCUGAGAAAGUAUUAGCUGGAAAAUCCAAAAUUGAAGACUACUUCCCUGAAUAUGCUCGCUACACCAUACCAAAUGAAGCAACUCCUGAACCCGGUGAAGACCCGAGAGUGACGAGAGCUAAGUUCUUCAUCCGAGACGAGUUUCUUCGGAUCAGCACUGCGAGCGGCGACGGCAGACACUACUGCUACCCCCACUUCACCUGUGCCGUGGACACAGAGAACAUCCGGCGGGUGUUCAACGACUGCCGGGACAUCAUCCAGAGAAUGCACCUGCGGCAGUACGAACUCUUGUGAUGGGAGAGACCGCCUCCGUCAGCCUUCUGUGUUUUUCUCCACCAUUCUGCAUCCUUAACGAACCCUCCUUCUUCCUCCUCCUCCUCCUCCUCCUCACCCUGAACCUUCACCCUUCUCCUUCCCCACCUCCCCAAAGAAACCCUCAACAACCCCCGACCACCCCUCCUGUCGAGGACUAUGAAGUACUACUGAAGUGUGUCAAAUCCUCUUCCUCUUCUUAACUUCUUAGCUUUUUGUACUACUUCUUUUUUUUUCUCUGAGACCGAUUCAUCCCCAUUUCACCGAUGUAAAAGGAAGGUUGGGGAACAAAGUUGCGUGCCGCUUCUAUUUUUUUUCUCUUUUUCUUUUACUCCUUCCUUUUGAAUGCCUUGAUUUUUGUCAUUCCACUAAGCCUUGGGCUACCUCCUUAUUUUUUUUGCCCCUUUGUGUCCUUCUGUUUUUUGGCUUUUGUCAUUGGACCUGGACUUGGCAGGUGUGGAUACAUAAAACACACCUGCAGGACCUCAGUGUAGAGGCAGUGUGUGUGUGUGUGUGUGUGUGUGUGUUUGUGUGUGUGAUGAAAAGAAGGAGGAAUGCCAUGUGAGCGAGUGAGUGUGUGUGUUUAUGUUUGUGUGUCACCUGCCAGUUAAAGCUGGCAUCACCACCAUGACCUUUGCCCUGUUUUUUUUUUCUUUCAUAUUUUUUUUUUCCCCCGUCACCGCCUCCGACCUGCUUCUUCUUCUUCUCUCCGCGUGGAAAAGACGACUGGACGCCGGAAGAAACCCGGAGAGGACGGAGGGGAGGAAACCGAGUGGAUGAAGAGAUAAAAAUGCACUUUGCAUCAGGUUCCUUAAUAACUUUUUUGGUUUUGUUUUGGUUUUUUUUGUUUUGUUUUUUUUGUUUUUUUUUGGUCGUUGUUGUUGUUUUUUCUCCAGAGGAAGCAUACACACAAUGUAGCAUCACAAUAUUUAUUACCCUGUCACGAUGUUAGCUUGCCGAGCUGCAGGGUGGACCGAGCAGCCGCCGAGAGAGACGUGGAGUGGGAAAAAAGAUUUAUUACACGAUGGAUAUAACGACAAAAGACGACGACGCAGAAGGAUUUAAAAACGAAGGAAGGAAAAGGGGGGGACUGAGCUCUCUGCACCUUAGCCCUGCUGCCUCCACAGACUCGGACCUGCCUCCUUUUUUCCACACAAACCAUCCUUUUAGCUUAGAGAUACUGAUGGGAGGGGAGGGUGGGGCGGGGAGGGGACGGGGAGAGAGAAAAAUGUAUUGCUCUUUUUUUUUCUCCUUUCUUUUUCUUUUUUUUUUCUUUGGUUUAGUUUUUUUUGUUAACUUGUACACUGUGCAAGGUUGAAUUAUCCUGUACAGACUGUAAAAUGUAAUAUUAUUUUGUACAACUUAAUUGAAAGAAAAACAAAUCUACUUGUAGAUCUUUGUGCCUUGAUUAUGGCUGUACCUGUAAAUGAGCUCAGAUGUAAGUAUGUUUUCGACUGCGCUGUACAGCUUGAUGUCAAACUCUAUCGGCAGCGGAAGACUGCGGGUAGGGGACUUUCUCUGUAGAGUUUAGUUUUUUCUGGUUUAUAAAAAAAAAGGAAAUGCUGUUUAGUAAAAAAUAAAAAAUAGGGAAAAAAUCCUAAAAACCUGUAUACAUUAUGCAAAUUAACCACUUACCUGCAGUGAAGACCAGAUGUUGCAGCGCCAUGCCUUUUUUUUUGGUUUGUUUUCUUUUAUUGGUUUUACUUUUUCCUCCUUUUUACUUUAUCUUUAUCUUUUUUUUCCUUAUUCUUUUCUUUUCUUUCUUUUUUUUCCUUUUCUUUUUUUUUUUUUUUUGAAUUUCACAGCUUUAAACAAACAUUGGAAAUCCAUUGAAAGUGUCCAAAUUGCAACCUGGUGUUGUUUUAAUAGGAACCAACGUUUUUUCGAUAUGAAGUGUGUCUGAGAUCUGUACUGAUGUGCGUGCCUGUGCGCAUGUGUACAUAAAACAAACAUAGACUCACAGACGCAUUGUGUGUGUGUGUGUGUGUGUGUGAGAGUGAGUGAGUGAGUGAGUGAGGGCGAGCGAGUGAGUGUGCGUUGUGUGUAAAAUUUUAUAAAUGUAUGUACAUGUAAAUUUAUAGGUCUAUAUAAAUAUAUAUGUACAAUUAUACAUGUUUAAUUAUGUGUGUGCCUAGGUGUACAUACCUAUGUAUGUAUACGGUAAAUAUGUAUACAUACACACAUAGGAAAGCAUGUUUAGAAUGGAGAUGAAUAAAUGAGAGCGUGCAAUAUUAGUAAUUCUUUGGUCCUUUGGAGCCAUACCCGAUGGCACAGGCACUAUGAAUGUGUGAGCAGCACCCAACAAGACAAGCUCUUCUCCUUGUACAAACAGCAUCAGCCUUUUUCUUCUGCUACAGUACACGUCUAUCCCCAAAAGAGAGUGAACUGACUGGAGGUGCAAAAACCUUGUUUGGCCUGGGAGGAUGAUUUAAAUGACAUUUUUAUUUUCUUUAAAUAAAGAGGCACAUUAGAGGA